AUCCGACAGUCAGGCUGAUCGGCAUCCUGGGUGAUCUUAACUCCGACUGACUUCUACAAUCGAAUCCGAGACUGUCAGCCUUCCCUCAACCCCCGUCUCAUCCCCCACGAUAAAUAACUAGGAGAAACACGGUUCACUUCUUUCGGUACCAAUAUAAUUCUUGUCAGUCACAGUCAAAAUGUCCGUCACCCCCGUUCGAACCGCCCUGAUCGGGCUGUCCGCCUCCGCCGUCACCGCGUGGGCGGCCGAUGCCCACCUGCCUGCCCUCCAGAGUCCCUCGGGCCAGGCCCUCAUACAAAUCACCGCCCUCUGCAACAGCAGUGUCGCCGCCGCCGAAUCCGCCAUCCGCACCUACCACCUGGACCCUGCGACCGUCAAAGCCUACGGAAGCCCCGACGAUCUCGCCGCCGAUCCCACCGUCGAUCUCGUCAUCUGCACCACCCGCGUCGACAAACACUAUGAGACCGUCUUGGCCAGCGUCCGGGCGGGAAAGUCGGUCUAUAUCGAGUGGCCGAUUAGUAGCACGGUCGCCGAGGUGGAGGAGCUCCUCUCCGUGGCGCGUGCCAGUGGUGCCUCCGUCGCCGUGGGUCUGCAGGCCCGCUUUGCACCCCCUGUACUCAAGGUCAAGGAAAUCCUUCGCUCCGGUCAGCUCGGGCGGUUGCUGAGCACCGAGGUUCGCGGGUUUGCAGGGACGCAAGCUCGCGACGUCUUGCCAAUUGGGCUGAAGUAUUUCGCCCAGAAGAAAGUGGGCGGGAACCCCAUCACCAUCGGGUUUGGCCAUAUGAUUGAUUCUGUGCAAUCCGUCGUGGGGGAUGUCAUCCCCGGUACCGAUCAAGUACACACCCAGAUCCAGCAUACUAAGGUCCCCGUUCUCGAUCCCCAGUCGGGGACCAUUGUGGAAACGGUGGACUCGGAUGUGCCUGAUCUCCUCGGUCUGCAUGGCUCCCUUCCAGAAUCCCCUUACACCGUUCCGGGGGCCAGCCUGAUGGCUUACUUUGCCCGGAGCCAGACCUACCCCGGGGAUCCGUUGCUCUCUUGGACGCUAAGCUGUGAACUGGGCACCAUUCGGCUGGUCGCGCCCGCGGGGGUUUCGCUGCAUGAUCCAUCCACCACCAUCUCCGUCCAUCAUCGUGCCACGGAUAAGGUAGACGAGAUCGAGUGGACUUGGUCGAAGGAGCAAUUCGAAGUACCAGAGAAGGCGCGGUCGGUGCAGCGUUCCCUCAUCAAUUUUGCUGCGCGGGUUCCGGAAGGGUAUGUUUCGUUGGAGGACGCGGCUGUCCGAGCCAGGCAGAUUGCCCGCUGGUUGGACGGGACACAGUAGACAUAUUCGUCCCACUUGUUGCACUCGAAUUUCUGGUU